UUGCUGUCACUAUGGCGGCGAAAACAGCAAAGUAAAACUAAAACGAAAUUGAGUUAUAUUUAUGAUAAAUAUCUCCAUAUAAACGUUUUCAUCAGAGUCGCCUAAAACAUGAGAUAUUCUCUGAAAUAAUGCCAUCAGGAAAGAGAAAAAGUAAAGAAGACACAUGGACCGAAAAAGACUUGACUAAUGCAAUACAGGGUGAAAAACCAAGAAGAUCGAAGGAUGGAAGAAAACAAAGGGAAUCAAGAGAUCAACAAGAGAACCAUCAUUCAACAGAGAGGAAUGAAGAAGAUAGAGAAAGGGACCGAAGGCGACGCAGGUCAGAGAGGCAUCGAGAAGAUGAAACAUUAGAUGUGGAUGAACGUCAAAGAAGUCAUGAUAGAGAAACAAAACAGAGACACAAGGAGAGAGAAAGUGGCAGUAGUGAGAAAAAGGAUAGGAGGCAGAAGGAAAGAAACGGAGAGGAAGAGCAUGAUGAUGACAGAAGAAAACAUAGAGAUAAAGAAAAGAGCAGAAGACGUAGAGAAGAUGAAAGAAACAGGGAAGAAGAAGAUGAAGGUGAUGAUAGGAGAAAGCAACGAGAAAAAGAAGAUAGAAGUAAAGAGAAGAGUAGACGACAUAGAGGUGAUCCUGAUGAGUCAAAUCAUGAAAAAAAGAGAAGAGAAAGAAACAGGGAAGACGAGAACAAAGAUGAUGACAGAAGAAGGCAUCAAGAAAAGGAGGAAAGAGGUAAAGAGGGCAGGAGACACAGAGAAGAUCCUGAUGAGUCGAACCGUGACAGGAAACAUCGUGAUGAUAGAAAAUACGAGAGACGAAAAGACACGGAAGAAGACCAUGAAGCAGAAAGACAAAGAAAUAAAGAUGAACGAAGACGCGAAAAACAUCGAGAGGAAGGAAGCAACGAUAAAGAGAAGAGACGAAGAGAUAGAGAAACAGACGAACAACAUCGAAGAAGGGACAAAGAUGAACGUCGCAAGGAGAGACACAAAUCACCAGAUGAUCAUGCCAGGAGUGAAAAAAAGAAUGAAAGAAAUAGACGUGUGGAUGAAGAUGAUGACGAUGAGCGAGAAAGAAGGAGAAGGAAACAAGAGAGAAGAGAAGCAAGAGAGAAGAAUAAAAAUGGUAAUGAUGAUGAUGAUGACAGAAAAGAUAAAAGAUCUGAAGAUGAAAAUAAACGAAAACGACGUGAAGAUGGAAAGAAAAUGAAAGAACGCGACCUGGAUGAUCAGAACGAAAGGUUAAAUGAAGAUAAAAAGGGUUCAGAAUUAAGGAAAAAAGAAUCUGCAGGAAAGUUAGAGAGCAACGGCAAAUCACUCACCAAUACGGUUGAAGUCGACGAUGAAAUCCCAAAUGAAGAUGUUUAUGAUGAAUACGAGGACGAUUUCGAGGAUUAUGAGGACGACUUCGAAGACGAAGAAGAAAUGGAGGAACAAGAGAAUGGAUAUGAACAGGAUAGAGGGAAAUUGUUAGAGAUCUUCGAAGCAAUUAAUGCUGAAAAUGACGACGUUAGAAGGUCGCCUUUUCAACAAAAAACUGUUGAAGAAUCAAGAGAAGAAGAGACAAGCAAACCUGUAACUAAGUCAUUAAAAUCUGAGCCACACGGAAGGAUAAAUUUCUUUGCUGCUAAACAAAAACACGUUACCGAGUUUGUCGCGUCAAAAACAAAAAAACGAGCUCAGGAAUUGCAAAAUCUUAUCGAACUUGAUGUGGCAUCCUAUGAUAUUUUCGAUCUACCUCCACUCAAUGAAUACGAACUGUAUAUAAAAAGUUAUGGUCAGUCUGAUUCUAAGCAGGCUUACGUUCAGUGUCAUGACGAUAUUGUUGAGAAAGAGAUGCAGACUGAAGUAAUUGAAAUGUCCACAAAAUGGACUCAAUAUCCUCCGGAUGAUUUUAAGGGUUGUGGAGACGAUACUGAGAGUCGUGAAGGAGAUGACUUGCCAGAAAGCGUCUUCACGCCUCAUUCUGUUGACAGUGUCAGACUAACAAACUUCCUCCAACAAGCUGGACAGGUGUGCUUGAUUUUGUUGGAAGAAAAGAACUCAGCAACAAAGGAGUUAAUGUUUAAAGAACGAAACGAUCUUGAUAUCAGCGAUGGUUGUAUUCAACUCUCCAACAAACUUCCUUUUCUUGAAGGUCGACGUGUUCUGGAUACGAAAUUCAACUUGGUUCAAACACAUUUACUGCUAACAGCUCAUGAUUGUGGUGAAGUUGAAACGAGUGAGGAUAAAGAUAGUAGUUUACAAGGAAGAGGAGUUGUUUGUUAUUGGAAUGUGAACGAGCCAAGUCAACCACAGAAAAUAUUGUAUUGCGAGUCUUCACCCAAGUCGUGUUGUUUCAGUCCUGUCAAAUCAUCGCUUGUGUUUGCUGGUUUGGAAGAUGGUUCUGUAGUAGUUUGGGAUUUACGUGAAUCCUCGUCUAUUCAUUCGACUAUAAACAAUAAAGACCGUCAAUGGGUUAUCCGAAGACCAACAUUCUCUACAGCUGGUGUUUUGUCCAAUGAAAAUCACCUGACUCAAGUCCAGAAAAUUCUCCCAAUUGCUCAUCCUGUGGACAGUGCUCAAGCUUUGUCGCGUUCUGCAGCUCUCCAAGACGAACCUGGGGGUAUGGCAUUUCAGCUUGCGUCACUGGACGAAAAUGGUGUUGUCAAUAUCUGGGUUGUGAUUGAACUUGAUAAACCUGAUGAAGCUGGUUCUGAAAACGAUCUAGGACUGGCUCCUGGUGGGAGAGUGAAACUUAUCAAAAGUACAUCAAUUCAAGUUGAAUCACCACACAGGGAAAUAUUCUUUGGCUCUUCUGUCCAAACAUCCGUUAUGCAGUUUUCAACAAUUGACCCAAAUCAUUUUUAUGUUGGCACAGAUAGAGGAUGGGUCGUUCAUUGCACCCGUUAUGGGGGAAAAACGCAUCCAAAAGUUUACCGACCUUUAACUGAGUCUUUUGUCACCAUUUCCGCAUUAGAUGUUUCCCCUUGGAACAUUCCAUUAAUGUUGGUUGGCUGCACAGAUGGAACAUUGCGUUUACAUGACCUUCGAAAAGAGCAUGCCAUCCGGAGUUGGUCUGAGACAACACAAGGCCAAGCAAUCGUGCAGAUCAUGUGGUCGAGAAGUCGCCCAUCUCUAUUCUUUGUUCUUGAUGCCAAGUCGAACUUGUACAUUUGGAAUUUGUUACAGAAAGAUGGACAUCCCGUAGAAUUUGAAUCGUUUAAGCGUGGGAAGUUGCUUUUCUUCUCGUUGUCAAAUGACUAUGAAUCUCUUGGUAUUGGUCUUCCUGGGAGGAAAUCUGAACUGGUCUUGAGUUAUGAAGAUGGUAUGAUUGAACUGCAUCGUCUGAAAGAUGAACUAACGAACGUUGAAGCCGAUGAACUUGACCGAUUCGCCUCAUUUGUGGAUUUGAUGAUUUGACUCAUUGAGUGAAGAUAUACAGU